AUGUCGCGGCCUGUCUGCCGCUUCUUCCAGCAGGGCAACUGCCGCUACGGAGUACCAUACAGUCUCAGCAAGGAGACCCUGAAGAAGGACCUGACUGAAGACCCCCCGUCAUGGAUACUGUCCGCAUACGGUCCCGGCAAGGACGCCCCGGACCAGCUCUGGGGCGGCUUCCCCUUGGAGCAGAGCUUCGAGGAGCUCCGACUACACUACAUGAUGGGCGCCCUGUCCGGCAACCCGCAAAAAGCAGUGAGCGAGAUGGAAGAGCUCUACCAGGGCGCGAAGCAGCGGAUACAAAACGCCGUCAGCAACGUAGACGGCGCUAUUCAGUACAUUAUCGAGGGGGGCAACAGGCAUCCGAAUCGGCUCGACGUGUGCAAGGAGGGAACGCGGCCCGGAGGGACCAACGGCGAGUUCGCGGUGGGCAAGAGGACAAUCGGCGGGAGCGCCGCGCCGGCCUCAAAUCCGUUCGGCUCCGCGGCAGCGACAGGGUCUGCCUUUGGCCAACCGAGCAAGCCGAACCCCUUCGGCGGCGGGUCGUCCUCCUUCGGCCAGCCUUCACAGCCCGCACCCGCCUUCGGUCAGCCGUCGCAGCCGAGCGGUGCGUUCGGCCAACCGUCACAGCUGGGAGGCGGCACCUCGGCGUUCGGCCAGCCGUCGCAGAUGGGCGGCGGCGGCGGCGGCGGCUCCGCGUUCGGGCAAGCCUCCGCUCUGGGCGGCCAGAAGCCCAGUCCCUUUGGGGCGCCGGCGUUCGGACAGCCCUCACAGCCGUCGACGGCGGCCGCACCUGCCUUCGGGCAGCCGUCACAACCGGGCGGCGGCGGCGCGUUUGGCCAACCCUCGCAGUCUGGCGGUAGCGCUUUCGGUCAACCUUCACAGCUCGGGGCUUCGGGAGGCGGUGCUUUUGGCCAACCGUCACAGAUGGGAGGAGGAGGAGGUUCGGCCUUUGGUCAGGCUUCGGCGUUGGGACAGAAACCCAACCCCUUCGGAUCCAAUACGAGCGCUCCCAGUCCAUUUGGAAGUGCAGGCUCGGCCAACCAAGCAUCGUCGCCGUUCGGGCAAGCAGCGCAGGCGGCUCCCGGCCCGUCUCCGUUCGGAGCGGCCACCUCAAACCAAGCAGCGUCUCAGACGACGGGUGCAUUCGGCAAGCCUUCUGCCCUCGGGCAAACGACAAGCCCCUUUGGACAGGCGGCCGGCACGACCGGGCCAUCGCCGUUUGGAAGCACCGCUCAACCCGCCGCAGCCAACCCGUUUGGCAAGCCCUCACAGCCCUCGCCAUUCGGUGCAGCGCCGGCGUCUUCGGCCAUGGACACGUCGACUGCCGCUCCUGCGCCCUCGCCGUUUGGCCAACCGGCGGCACCCUCGCAGCAACCGGCGGCAGCGAACCCAUUUACCAAGGCUGCGUCGGGCUUCGGCCAGCCCGGUGCCGGGGGUGGUGGUUUCGGGGCGCCGCAGACUACGGCAGCGCCACCGGCAGGAGCAGGAGCGGCGGCAAGCGGCGCAUCCAACAACCCUUACCCGCCGAACGCGUCCCGCCAACACCCGCCCUUUGAGAGCUACAGCACCAAGGACGUGUCCGGCAACCUGGCCACGUUCAAGGGCAAGCAGGUGGCGUACAAGACCGCCAAGGACGGCGGCGAGACCAUGGCGGGCGUACAGAACUUUGACGGCUCCUUCGUCAAGAUAUGGUUCCCCCGGGGCCCGCCCCUAUACUACGGCGCCACCGAGGUGGAGGACAGCAGGUACGACGACAGGACCAGGGCGGCGUACGAGGCCUUUGUGAGGACGGGGAGGUUCGAGGGCGGCGUGAUGCCCGAGGUGCCGCCCAAGAGGGAGUGGUGCGCGUGGGAUUUCUAG